AUGUUAUCACGAAAAGACAUUUUAUUAAAUAGUUAUCCAAAAAUAUCGUAUUCUAGAAAUACAAAACCCUUUGUCUUUCUUAUAGCAAAAGUUAUAUGUUUCUUGUUUGUUAUUUUAUCAGAACUAAUACCUGUUCAAUCAAUAUGUGACCCAUAUAAACCUGGUGAAGCUACGAUAGAUCAAAUGUUUUGUAAUCCUAAAGAAGGCGAAGAAUAUAGAAUUAAUGAUGAUGUUUUACUGAGUUGGAAUUACGCGAAUGCUAAUCUAUUUGAUUCUAACGGUCAAAAUAAAGUACAAAUAUAUCUUUUUAGAAUACGGCAAGAUACUGCAUAUGAAGUGUUAGUAUCGUUAGAUCCUGGAAAUUUCAAUUAUCUCGCAGCUAACAGGAUCUCCAACUCUAUUAACAUAACUGUUCAGCCUAGAUGGAUACCUGUAGAUGAGUAUUCAAACCCGCCUAAAAGUCAUUUGUUUUUUUUCAGGGUUAUUCCAAAUGGCUCUGGCAAGGAAUAUGAUUUAAGCUUUUCUACCCCACAAUUUAAAGUCAUACAACCGGAUUUAUUGAAUUCGACAACAACAAGUUUAGAAACUCAAACAGUUCAAACAGUUCCAACAGCGGUAGUUCCAGUUAUCACAUCACCACAUGAUUCGGAGGCUCAGGAAGAUAAAUCCGAAAAUAAAGUGUUGAUAGCCGUUAUAGUAGUGGCUAGUCUCGCUGCACUGUUAGCCUUUAUUGCGGUUUUAAUUGCUAUCAGGAGUAAAAGACGAUCCAGUCAUCAUAAUAAGCAUAAAAGUCAUUCUAAUCUUUCUACAUCUUCAAGUACACCAAUGGUUGCUCCUUUAUCUAUUGGCAAAUUCAGAAGUAAUAACCGUGAUUCUGAAUCCCCUAUAGAAGCCGAAUCAAUUCAUUCCACAACUCCACUUGCUAUGAAAGAAGAUACACGCUUAAAACCGAAAUCCACAGUAUCUAAUGAGAAUCAACCAAUAUCCGCUUCAGAUGCUGCACUUCUUUCGGAUGCAUUUCGUAAAGUAUUGCGAAAACCGGAUUGGAAGCCUGAAGAAGAUGAUGACGAUGGCAUGGAUUUAUCAAGCGAGGAACGUUUACGGAGGAGAGAAGCAAAAGAAUUAAUGAAGAAGGAACUUGCUGAAGAAGGAACUGAUUUACAAAAUCUUUCAAGAAGGCACACAAAAGUAGAAAUUCGUAAUAUAAGCGAUGAACAAGCAAGAGAUGGUGCUAGUAUUUCAUCAGAAUCUGGUUCAAAAUAA